AUGACGGUAUUUCAUACAAAUGUUUCGUAAUAUGGCUGUGGUUUAAUGUAAUGGUUUACCGUAGAAAGGAGGACCAAGCUUCAACCAGGUCACGCUAGCUGGAUUGAGUGGACGUCUGACUUGUGCACACACGCCCUCAGAGAGAUGGAGAUAGAGGGCCCAGAAGGAAAUCCCAGCUCUGUGUGGUCUCCCUCGUAUCCUGCCAGAGCAGAAGUCUUCAGCCCAGCGGAUGGGGCUGAUCAUAUCACAACACCAGGGAGCUCUGAAGAGAACACUCACACAAACACCAUGGGCCAAUCCACGCUGGACCACCAGAGCAGGCAGGUCCCUAACGAGCCUGCUCCCAGCAGAGGUGACCACCAGGAGGAAGAGCGACCGGCUCCCGACACCGCAGACCUCCAGGGAAGAGAGGAUCAGUCUCCUGUCAGGGAUCACCAGAAGGAAGGAGUCUCUGGUAGUGGAUCUGCUAGCUCCCCCAAAGAGAACCACCACAAAGAGGUUCCCGCCGAAUCAACGACCCCCAACUACCUCCAGACCAUCCCACCUCCACCUCCCCCUCCCGUCGACCACCAGGUCACCUCCGACCAGCCCCAGAAGCAGCCCCCCAUCUCCCAGCUGUGCGGCUACCUUCACAAGCUUGGAGGACCUCUGAAGGCGUGGAAGCUGCGCUGGUUCACCUACGAGGAGAAGAAGAGCCAGCUGUUCUACUACAGGACAGCGCAGGAUGUGGCUCCGCUGGGCCGGGUGGGGCUGUGCAGCGCAACGCUAGGAUACCCCCUCAAGGGAGACACCGGAACCUUCCACAUACAGACCCCUGAGCGCACCUUCGUCCUCAAGGCAGCCAACCAGGAAGCGAUGAUGUACUGGCUGCAGCAGCUGCAGAUGAAGAGAUGGCAGCAUCGAGACCAACUGACGGAGCGAGCUAACAGGCCCAGCACAGCCAACCUCGCACCAGGGACAGCCACAGACAACCACUGCCCAGACAGCUUCCUGCCCGUGGUGAAAAUGCCCUGGGGUCUGGUGGGCGAGGAGGCUGCCAGCCGGCCAGCCCCCCCUCAGAGGACGCCUCUGAGCAGCAUGUCCAUCAAACAUCCCCUCAUACACAUCCAGAACUCGGUGCACAGUCUGCGUUCCAAGCGCUCGUCCCAGGAGUUCAGCCAGAGCGUGUUCCACAUUGAGACCCCGACUUGGAGCCCAGCGGAAGCCACCAAGACCCUGUCUCUCUCAGCGCUGGACAGACUCACACCUACACCCACAGCUGGCCCUCUGCUGGUUGACCCUGCAGGAAGGCGUUCUCCAGGGGAGCACAGACCCUCCCUGUCCCCCCUGCCGUCUCCAUCUCCACAGACCAUGAGGAACAGGAGGGGCAACUCGGCUACCAUUCCUUCCUUCGGCAGAGGCACGUCCUCUCCAGACAGGAUGGUCCAGCUCCAGCAGGAGAAACACAUGCUGGCCGAGGAGGUCAAAGCUCAGAAGGAGCUGGUGUGGCUCCUACACAAGGCCCUGGAGGCCGCACAGCUGGAGAAGCGGACGUGCACCGAGUUCCUGGCGGCCGACGGCGAGCAGGAGCGGCUUGAGCUGCUGAGGCACCGCGAGCGGCAGGCCGCCGACACUCGCUGCCGACUGGAGGAGAUGAGGGCCGAGACGGACGAGCUGAGGAGGAGGCUGCUUGAGAGGGAGGCUCACGUGGUAGAGCUGCAGGGCAACAUCAGGCUGAUGAUGGACAAGAACCAGGCCAAGCAGCAGGUGAUUGUGAAGCUGUCUGAGAAGUUGGCGUCCAGUAUGACUGACCCCAGACCAGCAGAGAGUUCCACCAACCAGCUUCAGACCCCCACUCUCCAGCAGCAGGAUUUGGAGAACCUCAGGGAUGACAUAGAAGCUUACAAAACUCAGAACAAAUUCCUAAACUCAGAGAUCCACCAGUUGACCAAGCUAUGGAGAAACAGCUCAGAGCAGGAGAAAAGCUUGAUGGUGAAGUGUGCCUCCCUGGAGGCCAGCCACUGUGGGAAAGAGAGCCGGUACCUGGUGGUUCUGAGGAAACUCCUGGAGAACAAAGCUCUAGAAACGGGCCAGCGCCAGGCGGUCAGGCAGCUCAUCAGCGAGUCUCUCCAAGGAGACCUGGAGAACAAGCUCCACCUCAUCCCAGUCAGGGAGCACGACGAGUACGGCUUCAAGAUCAUCCCCGACUAUGAGGUGGAGGACAUGCAGCUACUGGCCAAGAUCCAGUCUCUGGAGAUCCGCUCCCACAACCUGCUGCACCAGGAGGCCGGAGACCAUCCGCUGCUCAGCCGCUGGGCUCAGCUCCUGGGCGGGCGCCCCUGCCACGAGCUGUCCCCCUCCCCGGAGCUGAAGACCCUGCUCCGGGCCGGCGUCCCGCGGGAGUACAGGCAGAAGGUCUGGAGCUGGCUGGUGAGGAGCCGCACGCGCUCCACGAGAGAGCGCCACCCGGACCGCUACCAACAGCUGUGCCAGAAGAGCCACACGUCUCCCCAUCCAGCCUCCAGACAGAUCCAAUUGGACCUCCACCGAACACUCACCACCAAUCAGAAAUUCUGUUCCCCCUCUAGCCCCGCCCUGCAACAGCUGGAACGCAUCCUAUUGGCCUUCUCCUGGCAGAACCCUGGGAUUGGCUACUGCCAAGGGCUGAACAGACUGGCAGCCAUCGCCCUGCUGGUGCUGCAGAGCGAGGAGGAGGCGUUCUGGUGCUUGGUGGCUGUGGUGGAGGUCAUCAUGCCCCAGGACUACUACACCAAAAACCUGCUAGCGUCUCAGGCAGACCAGCGCGUGCUGAAGGACUUCAUGGCAGAGAAGAUGCCGAGACUGAUGCUGCACUGUGAGGAGCACAGCGUGGACGUGUCCCUCAUCACCUUCAACUGGUUCCUGGUGGCCUUCGUCGAGAGCCUGCCCAGCGACAUCCUGCUGAGAGUGUGGGACGCCUUCCUCUUCGAGGGCACCAAGGUGAUAUUUCGUUAUGCGCUGGCCCUCUUCAAGUACAAAGAAGAGGACAUCUUGAAGAUCCACGACAACGUGGAGAUCUACCAGUACCUGCGUUUCUUCACCAAGACCAUCUCAGACGGAAGGAAGCUGACCAACAUCGCCUUCGUGGACAUGAACCCGUUCCCUGGCCGGCUGCUGCGGAGCCGGCGUGCAGUACACCUGGAGCGCCUGCAGGGGGAGCUGCGGGAGCUGGAGGCACAGCAGUGGGAGUUUGUCUCGGAGAGCCCCCGUAGGAAGGACAAGGACCUGGACAUGGUCAGCGAGGACGAGGAGGAGCUGUGAUGUCACCGCAGGCACUGACAGGGGUGACAGAGUGGGGGAGGGGGGGGGAGUGGGACAGACUACCUAGGGCCCCAAUGGGGGGAGGGGCCCUCAAAAAGCUUGGAAUGAACAUUUGUUGAAUGACAGAACGGACUAAACCAAAAUGGGAAGGGGGGGGGGGGGGGCAAACCGUAAUCUCUUUAUGGGGCCCCUGAUCCCGGGAUCUAGAUCACUGGCCAGGAUCUCCUCCAAUCACAAAGGAUCAGGAUGCAGGGCGACCAGGUGGUUUUGUUGACAAGAAGCUGCACAGACAAUUACAGCUUUUAACGAGAAAUGAGCAGUUUGACUGCCACAGACAACCUAGAGGGCCUGGCAACAAAGAGGGCCUUGUGGCACUUGUGAGGAUUUCUUGUUUUCUGAGUCAGGAGUUCUAACACUGAAACAGGAGGGGUGCUGCUGGAGAUGAUUGCGGGCCUCUGUUGUGUAAGGAUAGUGGGAGUAGGCAGGCAUUGGUGGUACAGAAUUUGUCAUGGCAGCGUAUUCUGACGGACUAGACCAAGUGAAUCGUUUUCACAGGUGAUGAUGAGUAACGGUUGUUACACCUAUUUGAAAGUUACCAUUGCAUUUCAUUCAACCCUAAAGCUGAAGACAAUUUAAAUGGAUCGUUAUCAAUCGUACACAGCAAAUUCAAAGUGUUGAUUUUGAAUUAAAUAUAAAUAGCAGAC